AUGGCAUCCACUAUGAAAGCACUCAACUAUCUCGGCCCUUACAAGGUGCGCGUGGAGGAUGUCGAAAAGCCGAAGCUGGAACACCCCGAUGACGUCAUUGUCAAAGUCACCACGGCUGCCAUCUGCGGAUCCGACCUGCACAUGUAUGAAGGGCGCACGGCGGCAGAGCCCGGGAUUACAUUUGGCCAUGAAAACAUGGGUAUCAUCGAGGAACUGGGAGAGGGUGUCACACUGUUGAAAAAGGGGGACCGUGUUGUGAUGCCAUUCAACGUGGCUGAUGGUCGGUGCCAGAAUUGUGAACAGGGUUAUACUGCCUUUUGCACAGGCGUUAACCCAGGGUUUGCUGGUGGUGCUUAUGGCUAUGUUGCUAUGGGUCCGUACCGAGGAGGCCAGGCGCAAUAUAUCCGGGUUCCAUAUGCCGAUUUCAACGCGCUUCUACUGCCCCCUGGAACGGAACAUGAGGCCGACUUUGUUCUACUCGCGGAUAUCUUCCCAACAGGUUGGCAUGGAGUGGAAAUCUCUGGCUUCAAAUCUGGGGAAAGUAUCGCGGUUUUCGGUGCGGGUCCUGUAGGCCUCAUGGCCGCCUACUCUGCCUCCCUGCGCGGGGCAUCUCGCGUGUUUGUCGUUGACCGAGUUCCGGAGCGCCUGGCAGCUGCUCAGAGAAUUGGCUGCAUUCCGAUUGACUUCACCGCAGUGGACACUGUGGAGGAGAUUAUUCGUCUGAACGGGGGAAUGGUCGACCGGUCUGUGGACGCGGUGGGUUACCAAGCUAUAGACAAGAGCGGAUCAUCAGAGAAAGCCAACAUUGUGCUUGAAAACAUGAUCAGUGUCACCCGAGCUUGUGGAGGCAUGGGUAUUCCAGGACUAUAUGUGCCUAGUGACCCAGGGGCUUCUGAUGAAGCCACCGCCAAGGGCGCCAUCAGUCUCAGCUUUGGCAAGCUCUUUGAAAAGGGUUUGUCGUUGGCCACUGGUCAAUGCAAUGUCAAGGCCUAUAACCGAUACCUGCGGGAUAUGAUCGUCGCGGGCAAGGCCAAGCCAAGCUUUGUGAUUUCCCAUGAGAUCGCGCUGGACGAUGCUGAAAUUGCCUAUCACAAGUUCGACAAGAGAGAAGACGGGUACACCAAGGUCAUCAUCCAUCCUAAUGGGGGCUUUCUGUCCUCGAGUGGUCCUGUGCAGUCCAAUUUGUAA